AUGAAACAAACGAGUCUCGGAUUGGUUAAACCAAAAGGCAUACCGAUUGAUAAUUAUAAUAGUUUUGAUUUGAUAAAAACAAUAAAUGAAGAAGAGGAUGAUGUACCAGAUUUAGAUGAUGAUGAUCAGGAAGACGACGACAAUAAUGAUGAUGGAAUGAAUGAUUCUGAUAAUGAUGAGAUACCUUUUAACGAAGAUAUGAAAUUACAAUCGAGAGGACAAUUGUCUACGAUUGAUGAAAAAAUUGCCUUGUUAAGAAACAAGAGAAAAAAAGAUAAAAAAUUAUUAAACGGAUCUCAAACAGAAACGAAGAAAACGGAUGAUAAUACGACGAAUAUAGAUGAUACUACGACGAACGUAGAAGAUAUAGAAGAUGAAUCAUAUGAGAUGGAAAUGGAACAACCAGUCAAAGAUAAAAUGAAAAUUAAACAAUCGAAGAAAAAAGCUGCAAAGAAAAAGAAAGAAGAAGAUGAAUAUUUUGAAGAAUCACCACCGUUUAAUCCCGAUCAAGUGUUUUCUGAUAUGAAAAUAUCUCGUCCAUUAUUAAAAGCUUUAGCGACAAUGGGGUUACAUUCUCCAACACCUAUUCAAGCAGCAACAGUUCCACUUGCAUUGAUGGGUCGUGAUAUUUGCGCUUGUGCCGUCACUGGAUCUGGAAAAACAAUUGCAUUUGCUUUGCCUGUCUUGGAACGUUUAUUAUAUAAACCUCAUCAAACCGCACCAUCUACACGUGUUCUCAUAUUAGCACCAACACGUGAACUUUGUGUACAAAUACAUCAGGUGUUUCGAAAAUUAUCACAAUUUUCUCAUAAUAUAUCCGUUUGUCUAUCAACAGGUGGUCUUGAUCUAAAGUCCCAAGAAGCAUCAUUACGUUUACAACCAGAUAUUGUCAUAGCCACACCUGGCCGAUUGAUUGAUCAUAUUCACAAUUCUCCUACAUUCACAUUAAAUAACAUUGAAAUAUUGAUAUUAGAUGAAGCAGAUCGAAUGUUGGAUGAAUAUUACUUUGAACAAAUGAAAGAAGUAAUCAAUAAUUGUUCACGGACGCGGCAAACAAUGUUAUUUUCAGCAACAAUGACAGAUCAGAUUAAAGAUUUAAUUCAAGUUUCAUUGAAUAGACCAAUUCGAUUGUUUAUCGAUGAUAAUAAAUCUGUUGCUCCUUACCUUCGUCAAGAAUUUAUUCGUAUUCGUGAACAUCGUGAAGGUGAUCGAGAAGCAAUUAUUGCUGCUUUAUUAACUCGUACAUUCCGUGAACGUGUUAUUGUAUUUGCUCAAACAAAACGUCAGUGUCAUCGAAUGCAUGUUAUGUUAGGUUUACUAGGUUUGAAAAUAGGCGAGUUACAUGGUGAUUUAUCUCAAACACAGAGAUUGGAUACAUUAAAACGUUUCAAAAAUGAAGAAAUUGAUAUAUUAAUUGCCACAGAUCUCGCUGCAAGAGGUCUUGAUAUUGAAAAUGUUAAAACAAUUAUUAAUUUUGUUUUACCAAAUACUCUUAAACAUUAUAUUCAUCGUGUUGGACGUACAGCUCGUGCUGGUAAAACUGGAAGAUCACUCUCAUUAGUAGGUGAAAAUGAAAGACAAAUUAUUAAAGAGAUAUUGCAAACAUGUAAAGUUCCAGCAAAAAUGCGUAUUAUAUCUCAAGAGGUUAUUCAAAUGUUUAGAAAUAAGUUAAAUGAACUUGAACGGGACAUUGAAGAAGUAUUAAAAAUGGAAUAUGGAGAAAAAAUGCUUAAUUCUUGUGAAAAACAGCUCGAUAAAGCUCAAUCAAAAUUGUCGAGUGAGAAGAAACAAAAUGGUGAAGGACAGCCGGUGAAUGAUCGUGAAUGGUUUCAAAAUCGUGCUGAUCGACAAAAAGAAAAGGAAACAUUACGUUUAGGUAAUCAUAGCAAGAAAAAAUUAUCAAAACAAGAACGUGAACAAAUGAAAAAGAAAACAUCGUCUAGUAAAACGGCUGAAGGUCGUGCAGAAUUUGAAAUAAACAAGGUAGCACAAUUUCAAAUACGUGAAGCUAAAAAAGCACAACGUUCAAAUCGUUUAUAUGCCUAUGAAGAUAAAACAUCAUCAAAUAAAAAUACUAGGAAAAUGCCAGUAAAACGACGUCAGCCAUCAUCGUCAUUUGCUAGUGAAUUGACUCGUGUUAAUAAAACAAAUAAACCAACAAGAAAACAAUCCAGUUCUGGUCAACGACCAGCAAAAAGAUCUAAUUCUGGUCAACCACCAGCAAAAAGAAGGAGAAAACAAUGA